UGCAGUGGGCAUGAGAUCACACUGAGAUCUGCCCCCGUUUUCCCCUCUGCAGCUCAGUGUGUCCCAGCUGCCACCAUGGCCUUCGUGCCCGCUCCGAGCCCCACGGUGGUCGACCAGACCACACUGAUGAAGAAGUACCUGCAGUUUGUGGCAGCACUCACAGACGCCAACACACCUGAUGAAACGAAGCUCAAGAUGAUGCAGGAGGUCAGCGAGAACUUUGAGAAUGUGACAUCUUCGCCUCAAUACUCCACCUUCUUGGAACACAUCAUCCCUCGUUUCCUCACAUUUCUUCAAGAUGGAGAGGUGCAGUUCCUUCAAGAAAAACCCACACAGCAACUGAGGAAGCUGGUGCUGGAAAUCAUCCACCGCAUCCCAACGAACGAACACCUUCGCCCACACACUAAGAACAUCCUGUCUGUGAUGUUCCGCUUCCUGGAGAUUGAAAGUGAGGAGAACGUGCUGAUAUGCCUUCGCAUUAUUAUCGAGCUGCACAAACAGUUCCGCCCUCCAAUCUCUCAGGAGAUUCAUCACUUUCUGGACUUUGUGAAGCAGAUUUACAAAGACCUUCCUAAAGUUGUGGCCAGGUACUUCGAGAACCCGCAGGUGAUAGCAGAGAACACAGUUCCCUCCCCAGAAAUGGUGGGAAUGAUCACCUCGGUGUUGGUUAAGACUGCACCAGAGAGGGAAGACAGCGAAACACGAACUCACACCAUCAUCCCACGGGGGUCAUUGUCUCUCAAGGUUCUGGCAGAGCUGCCCAUCAUAGUGGUGCUGAUGUAUCAGCUGUACAAGCUGAACAUUCACAACGUGGUGUCGGAGUUUGUGCCCCUCAUCAUGAACACCAUCAUGCUGCAGGUGUCCCCGCAAGCCAGGCAACACAAGCUUUAUAACAAGGAGCUGUAUGCAGACUUCAUCGCUGCGCAGAUCAAGACUCUGUCAUUUCUCGCUUACAUCAUCCGAAUCUACCAGGACCUGGUAGGGAAGUACUCUCAGCAGAUGGUAAAGGGCAUGCUGCAGCUGCUGACCAACUGCCCCUCUGAGACCGCUCACCUCCGCAAGGAACUGCUAAUUGCAGCCAAGCACAUCCUCACGACUGACCUACGCAGCCAGUUUAUACCUUGUAUGGACAAACUUUUUGAUGAAUCCAUCCUGAUUGGUUCUGGCUACACAGCUCGAGAGACUCUUCGACCCUUGGCCUACAGUACGCUAGCAGACCUGGUGCACCAUGUUCGUCAGAACUUGCCCUUGACAGAUUUAUCCCUGGCUGUGCAGCUCUUCGCCAAGAACAUUGAUGAUGAGUCGCUCCCCAGUAACAUCCAGACUAUGUCCUGCAAGCUGUUGCUCAACCUGGUGGACUGCAUCCGCUCUAAGUCAGAGCAGGAGAACGGCAAUGGACGGGACAUUCUUAUGAGGAUGUUGGAGGUGUUUGUGCUGAAGUUUCAUACAAUCGCCCGCUACCAGCUUGUCUCCAUCUUCAAGAAGUGUAAGCCCCAGUCAGAGAUGGGUGUGGUGGAUCCGGUGGCUUUACCGGGGGUACCAGCCACACCCACUCCAUCCACCACCCCUGCCAUCGCGCCUCCUGCUCCUCCCACGCCUGUCGCCACGGCGCCUCCUAGUGCCUCGGCGCCCUUUGACCGACCUGGCGAGAAGGAAGACAAGCAGACAUUUCAGGUGUCCGACUGCCGCAGCUUAGUCAAGACGCUGGUCUGCGGAGUGAAGACGAUUACCUGGGGCAUCACCUCUUGCAAGGCCCCCGGAGAGGCUCAGUUCAUUCCUAACAAACAGCUCCAGCCAAAGGAGACACAAAUCUACAUCAAGCUAGUAAAAUAUGCCAUGCAAGCCUUGGACAUCUACCAGGUACAAGUUGCCAAUAACCAGCAGACAUACAUCAGGGUGGCCAACUGCCAGACGGUACGCAUGAAGGAGGAAAAAGAGGUCCUGGAGCACUUUGCUGGGGUCUUCACCAUGAUGAACCCCCUGACAUUCAAAGAGAUCUUUCAGACUACUGUGCCGUACAUGGUGGAGAGGAUCUCCAAGAACUACGCACUGCAGAUUGUGGCAAACUCUUUCCUGGCCAACUUGUCUACAUCUGCUCUGUUUGCCACCAUCCUGGUGGAGUAUCUUCUGGAAAGACUGCCAGAGAUGGGCUCCAACGUGGAGCUCUCAAACCUCUACCUCAAGCUUUUCAAACUGGUCUUUGGAUCAGUAUCGCUUUUUGCUGCAGAGAAUGAACAGAUGCUCAAGCCACACCUCCACAAGAUAGUGAACAGCUCCAUGGAGCUGGCUCAAUCAGCUAAGGAACCCUACAACUACUUCCUGCUCCUCCGGGCUCUCUUUCGCUCUAUUGGUGGAGGCAGCCAUGACCUGCUCUACCAAGAGUUCCUGCCACUUCUACCCAACCUGCUGCAAGGUCUGAACAUGCUACAGAGUGGCCUUCACAAGCAGCACAUGAAGGACCUAUUUGUGGAGUUGUGUUUGACCGUGCCAGUGCGUCUCAGCUCCUUGCUGCCCUACUUACCCAUGCUAAUGGAUCCGCUGGUAUCUGCCCUAAAUGGAUCGCAGACUCUGGUCAGCCAGGGCCUUCGCACCCUGGAGCUGUGUGUGGACAACCUCCAGCCCGACUUCCUCUACGACCACAUCCAGCCUGUCAGGGCUGAGCUCAUGCAGGCCUUGUGGCGUACCCUCCGCAACCCAGCGGAGAGCAUCUCCCACGUAGCCUACCGAGUCCUGGGAAAGUUUGGCGGCAGCAACAGGAAGAUGCUGAAGGAGUCUCAGAGGCUGCACUACGUGGUGACUGAGGUUCAGGGCCCCAGCAUUAAAGCCGAAUUCACAGACUGCAAGGCAUCAAUACAGCUACCAAUGGAGAAAGCGAUAGAGACGGCUCUGGACUGUCUGAAGAGUGCCAACACAGAGCCUUACUACAGGCGACAGGCCUGGGAGGUCAUUAAGUGUUUCCUGGUGGCCAUGACCAGCCUGGAUGACAACAAACACGCUCUCUACCAGCUUCUGUCUCAUCCCAACUUCACUGAGAAGUGGAUCCCCAACGUCAUCAUCUCUCACCGCUACAAGGCUCAGGACACACCUGCCCGCAGAACUUUUGAGCAAGCCCUGACUGGAGCAUUCAUGUCUGCAGUGAUAAAGGACCUGAGGCCCAGCGCACUACCCUUCGUAGCCAGUCUGAUUCGCCAUUAUACCAUGGUGGCUGUGGCUCAGCAGUGUGGUCCGUUCCUGCUGCCGAGCUACCAGCUGGGCAGCCAGCCAAGCACGGCCAUGUUCCACAGUGAGGAGAACGGCUCUAAAGGCAUGGAUCCGCUGGUUCUGAUCGAUGCCAUAGCCAUCUGCAUGGCCUAUGAGGAGAAGGAGCUGUGUAAGAUCGGAGAGGUGGCCCUGGCAGUCAUCUUCGACGUGGCCAGCAUCAUCCUCGGCUCCAAGGAGAGGGCUUGCCAGCUGCCCUUGUUCUCCUACAUCGUGGAGCGUCUGUGUGCGUGCUGCUACGAGCAGGCCUGGUACGCCAAGCUCGGUGGCGUGGUGUCCAUCAAGUUCCUGAUGGAGAGACUGCCUCUGAUCUGGGUGCUACAGAACCAGCUCACCUUCCUCAAGGCCCUGCUCUUUGUCAUGAUGGACCUCACAGGAGAAGUGUCGAACGGAGCGGUAGCCAUGGCUAAGACCACCUUGGAGCAGUUGUUGGUGCGCUGCGCCACUCCGCUGAAAGAUGAAGAAAAGACCGAUGAGCUGCUGGCUGCCCAAGAAAAGUCUUUCCACAUGGUCACGCACGACCUGGUACGAGAGGUGACCUCACCCAAUUCAACCGUCAGGAAGCAAGCCAUGCACUCCCUGCAGGUGCUCGCUCAGGUCACCGGCAAAAGUGUCACAGUCAUUAUGGAACCACACAAAGAGGUUUUGCAAGAUAUGGUUCCUCCCAAGAAACACCUGCUGCGCCACCAGCCUGCCAACGCCCAGAUCGGCCUGAUGGAGGGCAACACCUUCUGCACCACCCUCCAGCCUCGCCUCUUCACUAUGGACCUCAAUGUCAUGGAGCACAAAGUCUUCUAUACAGAGCUGUUGAAUCUGUGCGAGGCAGAAGACGCUGCUCUGAUGAAGCUGCCGUGCUACAAGAGCCUCCCCUCCCUGGUUCCCCUCCGCAUCGCCGCUCUCAAUGCCCUAGCAGCCUGUAACUACUUGCCUCAGUCUAGAGAAAAGAUCAUUGCCGCCCUGUUCAAAGCUCUCAACUCCACCAACAACGAACUGCAGGAAGCAGGAGAGGCGUGCAUGAGGAAGUUUCUGGAAGGCGCUACCAUUGAGGUGGACCAGAUCCACACUCACAUGCGCCCCCUACUGAUGAUGCUGGGUGACUACCGCAGCCUGACGCUCAAUGUGGUGAACCGCCUCACCUCGGUCACGCGUCUUUUCCCCAACUCCUUCAACGACAAGUUCUGCGACCAGAUGAUGCAACACCUGAGGAAGUGGAUGGAGGUGGUUGUAAUAACACACAAGGGAGGCCAGCGGAGUGAUGGCAGUGUGAGUAUUCUACUCUGUUGACUCUUAUCAUUGUCUCCCGUUCCGGCACAGCCUGCGUUGGAGGGCGUUGAGGAGAUGAAGAUCUGUUCCGCCAUCAUUAACCUAUUCCACCUGAUACCAGCUGCACCGCAGACUCUGGUCAAACCUCUGCUGGAAGUGGUCAUGAAGACAGAGAGGGCCAUGCUCAUAGAGGCCGGCAGUCCAUUCAGAGAGCCUUUGAUCAAGUUCCUGACACGUCACCCAUCUCAGACGGUGGAACUGUUUAUGAUGGAGGCUACGCUGAACGACCCCCAGUGGAGCCGCAUGUUCAUGAGUUUUCUGAAACACAAAGAUGCCAAGCCACUAAGAGACGUGCUGGCCUCCAAUCCCAAUCGCUUCGUUCCACUGCUGGUUCCUGCUGGCACUGCAGCAACUGUCCGACCUGGAUCUCCCUCCACCACCACAGCCAGACUGGACCUGCAGUUUCAGGCGAUUAAGAUCAUCAGCAUCAUAGUGAAGAAUGAUGAAGGUUGGCUGGCAGGGCAGCACUCUCUGGUGAGCCAGCUAAGGAGGGUCUGGGUCAGUGAGGCCUUCCAAGAGAGGCAUCGUAAAGACAACAUGGCUGCCACCAACUGGAAGGAGCCCAAGCUGCUGGCCUUCUGUCUGCUUAGUUACUGCAAGCGCAACUACUCAGAGAUCGAGCUGCUGUUCCAGCUGCUGCGAGCCUUCACUGGUCGCUUCUUAUGCAACAUGACCUUCCUGAAGGAGUACAUGGAAGAGGAAAUACCCAGGAACUACUCCAUCGCCCAGAAACGAGCCCUGUUCUUCCGCUUCGUCGAGUUCAAUGACCCACACUUCAAGUUCUGGACCCGGAGAAGCAGGCUGACCUGCUGGACUCGUUGCGAAUUUGCUUGCUGCAGUUCUCCACCCUGCUGGUGGAGCACGCACCGCACCACAUCCACGACAACAAUAAAUCACGCAACAGCAAGCUGCGGCGCCUCAUGACCUUCGCCUGGCCGUGCCUGCUGCCUAAAGCCUGCGUGGACCCCGCCUGUAAAUACAGCGGACACCUGCUUCUGGCGCACAUCAUCGCAAAGUUCGCCAUUCACAAGAAGAUCGUCCUGCAGGUGUUCCACAGCCUGUUGAAAGCCCACACCAUGGAGGCCCGGGCCAUCGUCCGCCAGGCCAUGGCCAUCCUCACCCCGGCCGUUCCCGCCCGCAUGGAGGACGGCCACCAGAUGUUGACCCACUGGACUCGCAAGAUCAUUGUGGAGGAAGGCCACACCGUACCGCAGCUGGUCCACAUACUGCAUCUCAUAGUGCAGCACUUCAGGGUGUACUACCCUGUGCGCCACCACCUGGUGCAGCACAUGAUCAGUGCAAUGCAGCGUCUGGGCUUCACUCCCAGUGUGACCAUAGAGCAAAGGAAACUGGCUGUGGACCUUGCCGAGGUGGUCAUCAAAUGGGAGUUACAGAGGAUCAAAGACCAACAGCCGGAGUCUGAGGCUGAAGUAGGGGCUGGUGGUGAAGGGACCAGCGGGGGUGCUGUGAAAAGAGGACUGUCUGUUGAAUCUGCCGCCACCGCCGCCGGACAGGACGUCAAGCGGUUCCGUACGGCAGCUGGAGCUGCCUCUACGGUGUUUGGCCGCAGCCAGUCCAUGCCGGGUACAGAGACCAUGCUCACUAAACCUGUGGAGAAACAACAUACAGACACCGUGGUCAAUUUCCUCAUCAGGAUUGCAUGCCAGGUGAACGACACCACCAACGUGGCAGGGUCUCCAGGAGAGCUGCUCUCCCGUCGCUGCGUUAGCCUGAUGAAGACUGGCCUCAGGCCUGACAUGUGGCCUCGCGCUGAGCUCAAGCUGCAGUGGUUUGACAAGCUGCUUAUGACAGUGGAGCAGCCAGCACAGGCUAACAUCUCCAACAUCUGCACGGGAUUGGAGAUCCUCUGCUUCCUGCUGACCGUGCUGCAGUCACCAGCAAUCCUGGCCCACUUCAAGCCCCUCCAGCGUGGCAUCGCCGCCUGCAUGACCUGCGGCAACACCAAAGUCCUGCGGGCCGUCCACUCGCUCCUCUCUCGCCUCAUGAGCAUCUUCCCCACUGAGCCCAGCACAUCAACUGUGGCAUCUAAGUAUGAGGAAUUGGAGUGUCUGUAUGCUGCUGUGGGCAAGGUCAUCUAUGAGGGACUCACCAACUAUGAAAAAGCCACAAGCAACACUAACCCCACACAGCUCUUCGGUACACUGAUGAUCCUGAAGUCAGCCUGCAGUUAUAAUGCCAGCUACAUCGACCGCCUCAUCUCGGUGUUCAUGCGUUCCCUGCAGAAGAUGGUGCGGGAACACCUGAGCCCCCAGCAGGCCAACCCAGGGGUCACUGAAACCAACACAGUGACCAGUGAGCUGGUAAUGCUGAGUCUCGACCUGGUGAAGACUCGCCUGUCUGUCAUGAGCAUGGAAAUGAGGAAGAACUUCAUCCAGGUUAUCCUCACGUCGCUGAUAGAGAAGUCGCCCGACCCCAAAAUUCUCCGCGCCGUCGUCAAGAUCGUGGAGGAGUGGGUGAAAAACAAUUCUCCCAUGGCUGCCAAUCAGAUGCCAAACCUACGCGAGAAGUCCAUCUUGUUGGUGAAGAUGAUGACCUACAUAGAGAAGCGUUUCCCCGAUGAACUUGAGUUAAACGGCCAGUUCCUGGACCUCGUUAAUUACGUCUACAGGGAUGAGAGCCUUUCAGGAAGUGACAUCACAUCAAAGUUGGAGCCAGCUUUCCUCUCGGGGCUUCGCUGCACUCAGCCGUUGAUCAGAGCCAAGUUCUUUGAGGUGUUUGACGGCUCCAUGAAGCGGCGGGUCUAUGAGAGGCUCCUCUACAUCUGCUGCUCUCAGAACUGGGAGGCCAUGGGCAGCCACUUCUGGAUCAAACAGUGCAUAGAGCUGCUGCUGGCAGUGUGCGAGCGAAACACCAUCAUCGGCACCAGCUGCCAGGGAUCCAUGCUGCCGUCUAUCACUAACGUCAUCAACCUGGCCGACAGCCACGACCGUGCCGCCUUCGCCAUGGCAACGCAUGUCAAGCAGGAGCCGCGGGAGAGGGAGAACAGUGAGACCAAGGAGGAGGAUGUGGAGAUAGACAUCGAGCUAGCGCCGGGUGACCAGACGGCCAUCCCAAAGACCAAGGAUCAGGCCGAGAGAGACGCAGGCAACCAGCUGCACAUGCUCACGAACCGCCACGACAAGUUCCUCGACUCGCUGCGGGAGGUCAAGACUGGGGCACUCCUGAACGCCCUGGUCCAGCUCUGUCACAUCUCCACACCACUGGCUGAGAGAACCUGGGUUCAGCUUUUCCCUCGUCUCUGGAAGAUCCUUUCUGACAGGCAGCAGCAUGCUCUGUCAGGAGAAAUGAGUCCCUUCCUGUGCAGUGGCAGCCACCAGGCCCAGAGGGACUGCCAGCCCAGCGCCCUAAACUGCUUUGUGGAGGCCAUGUCCCAGUGCGUGCCUCCUAUCCCCAUCCGCCCCUGCGUGCUGAAAUACUUGGGCAAGACGCACAACCUCUGGCUGCGCUCCACUCUCAUGCUGGAGCAGCAGGCCUUUGAAAAGGGCCUUAGCCUGCACAGCAAACCCAAGCAGAGCACCGAGUUCUACGAACAGGAGAGCAUCACUCCACCUCAACAGGAGAUUUUGGACUCCCUAGCCGAGCUCUACUCUCUGCUCCAAGAGGAGGACAUGUGGGCAGGCCUGUGGCAGAAGAGGUGCAAGUUUCCUGAGACCGCCACAGCCAUCGCCUACGAGCAGCAUGGCUUCUUUGAACAGGCCCAGGAAAGCUACGAGAAAGCAAUGGAGAAGGCAAGAAAAGAGCACGAGAGGAGCAACGUCUCCCCUGCCAUCUUCCCUGAGUACCAGCUGUGGGAAGACCACUGGAUACGCUGUUCCAAGGAAUUGAACCAGUGGGAACCGUUGACAGAAUACGGCCAAUCUAAAGGCCACUCAAACCCUUACCUGGUGCUGGAGUGUGCUUGGAGGGUUUCCAAUUGGGCUGCAAUGAAGGAGGCUCUGGUGCAGGUGGAGCUGAGCUGUCCGAAGGAGAUGGCCUGGAAGGUGAACAUGCACCGCGGCUACCUGGCUAUCUGCCACCCAGAGGAGCAGCAGCUCAACUUCAUAGAGAGGCUGGUGGAGAUGGCCUCGAGCCUGGCCAUCCGAGAGUGGAGGAGGUUGCCUCACAUCGUCUCCCACGUGCACACGCCGCUGCUGCAGGCGGCGCAGCAGAUCAUAGAGCUGCAAGAAGCCGCCCAAAUUAAUGCGGGGCUUCAGCCAGCCAACCUGGGCCGCAACACCAGCCUCCACGACAUGAAGACUGUGGUGAAAACCUGGAGGAACCGACUGCCCAUCGUGUCUGACGACCUCUCCCACUGGAGCAGCAUCUUCAUGUGGCGCCAGCACCAUUACCAAGCCAUAGUGACGGCGUAUGAGACCAACACGCAGCACGAUCCAAACAACAACAACGCCAUGUUGGGAGUUCACGCCUCGGCUUCUGCCAUCAUUCAGUACGGCAAGAUAGGGCGCAAACAGGGUUUGGUGAAUGUGGCUCUGGACAUCCUGAGUCGUAUCCACACCAUCCCCACAGUGCCUAUCGUAGACUGCUUCCAGAAGAUCAGGCAGCAGGUUAAAUGUUAUCUGCAGCUGGCUGGCGUAAUGGGCAAAAACGAAUGCAUGCAGGGUUUGGAGGUGAUAGAGUCGACCAACCUGAAGUACUUCACCAAGGAGAUGACGGCGGAGUUCUACGCUCUCAAGGGGAUGUUCCUGGCUCAGAUCAACAAGUCAGAGGAAGCCAACAAGGCCUUUUCAGCGGCGGUGCAGAUGCACGACGUCCUGGUGAAGGCCUGGGCCAUGUGGGGCGACUACCUGGAGAACAUCUUCGUCAAGGACCGUCAGCUCCACUUGGGAGUCUCCGCCAUCACCUGUUACCUCCACGCGUGCCGCCACCAAAACGAGAGCAAGUCCCGCAAGUACCUAGCAAAGGUGUUGUGGCUGCUCAGCUUCGAUGACAAGAACACCCUGGCAGAUGCUGUGGACAAGUACUGCAUCGGAGUCCCGCCCAUCCAGUGGUUGGCAUGGAUACCGCAGCUGCUGACCUGUUUGGUUGGUUCAGAAGGCAAACCUCUGCUCAACCUAAUCAGCCAGGUGGGACGAGUGUAUCCCCAGGCUGUCUACUUCCCCAUCCGCACCCUUUACCUGACGCUGAAGAUCGAGCAGAGGGAGCGCUACAAAAGUGACGCAUCGGGACAGCAGCAGCCUGCUUCAGUGGGCGCCCAGCCUCACUCGGGGGCCUCCGACCCGGGGCCUAUCCGGGCCACGGCACCGAUGUGGCGCUGCAGCCGGAUCAUGCACAUGCAACGGGAGCUACACCCCACCCUCCUCUCCUCCCUGGAGGGUAUCGUGGACCAGAUGGUGUGGUUCAGGGAGAACUGGCAUGAAGAGGUAUUAAGGCAGCUCCAACAGGGCCUGGCUAAAUGCUACUCGGUGGCCUUUGAGAAGAGCGGCGCGGUGUCCGACGCCAAGAUCACGCCGCACACGCUCAACUUCGUCAAGAAGCUCGUCAGCACGUUCGGCGUCGGCCUGGAGAACGUUUCCAAUGUUUCCACCAUGUUCUCCAGCGCCGCCUCCGAGUCUCUAGCCCGCCGCGCCCAAGCCACAGCCCAGGACCCCGUUUUCCAGAAGAUGAAGGGACAGUUCACAACAGACUUCGACUUCAGCGUCCCAGGCUCCAUGAAGCUUCACAAUCUGAUCUCCAAGCUCAAGAAGUGGAUCAAGAUCCUGGAGGCCAAAACCAAGCAGCUGCCCAAGUUCUUCCUCAUCGAGGAGAAGUGCCGCUUCCUCAGCAACUUCUCGGCGCAGACGGCCGAAGUGGAGAUCCCCGGGGAGUUCCUCAUGCCCAAACCUACGCACUACUACAUCAAGAUCGCCAGGUUCAUGCCUAGAGUGGAAAUCGUUCAGAAGCACAACACAGCAGCACGCCGCCUUUAUAUCCGCGGCCACAAUGGCAAGAUCUACCCGUACCUGGUGAUGAACGACGCCUGCCUGACCGAGUCACGCAGAGAAGAGAGGGUCCUGCAGCUCCUGCGCCUCCUAAACCCCUGUCUGGAGAAGAGGAAGGAGACCACCAAGAGACACCUCUUCUUCACCGUGCCCCGAGUGGUGGCAGUGUCGCCUCAGAUGCGGUUAGUAGAGGACAAUCCUUCAUCUCUGUCACUGGUGGAAAUCUACAAACAGCGCUGCGCCAAGAAGGGAAUCGAGCAUGACAACCCCAUUUCCCGAUAUUACGAUCGUCUGGCCACUGUGCAGGCCAGAGGCACACAGGCCAGCCACCAGGUCCUGCGGGACAUCCUGAAGGAGGUGCAGGGCAACAUGGUGCCUCGCAGCAUGCUGAAGGAGUGGGCUCUCCACACCUUCCCCAACGCCACCGAUUACUGGACCUUCCGGAAGAUGUUCACCAUCCAGCUGGCCCUCAUCGGUCUGGCCGAGUUCAUGCUCCAUCUCAACCGGCUCAACCCCGAGAUGCUGCAGAUCGCUCAGGACACCGGCAAGCUGAACGUCUCCUACUUCCGCUUCGACAUCAACGACGCCACGGGCGACCUGGACGCCAACCGGCCUGUCCCGUUCCGCCUGACGCCGAACAUCUCCGAGUUCCUGACCACCAUCGGGGUUUCCGGCCCACUCACAGCCUCCAUGAUUGCCGUGGCGCGAUGCUUCGCACAGCCAAACUUUAAGGUGGACGGCAUCCUGAAGGCGGUCCUUCGCGACGAGAUCAUCGCCUGGCACAAGAAGACCCAGGAGGACACGUCCAUGCCACUGUCCCCGGCAGGCCAGCCAGAGAACAUGGACUCCCAGCAGCUGGUCUCACUGGUCCAGAAGGCCGUCACCGCCAUCAUGACCCGCCUCCACAACCUGGCUCAGUUCGAGGGAGGGGAGAGCAAAGUCAACACGCUGGUGGCUGCGGCAAACAGCCUGGACAACCUGUGCCGCAUGGACCCCGCCUGGCACCCCUGGCUCUGAGAGACCAGAGAGGGGAAAAAGACGACGAGGGCAAGAAGGAACGUUUUUAGUUGACUUUUGCGACGUAUCUGACAAACAGAAGCGAGAUUUGUUAAGCGCGUGUUGCUCAUCACUGUAACAGAAGCCUGAUGGACACGCAGGACUUUUUUUUUUUUUUUCUCUUGAUACAAGAACACGCAGAUACUUUGCAAAGCGGAAUCAAGUUGAAACAAAAGCCCAACUGUCACGUUAUUUUGAACAGGGCUUGCCAGUAUGCGAAUCUUUCUAUGAAAAUACAAUUUCUCCUUCGACUUCUAUUUAUUUUUAUAGCUAAAGGACAAGGAAUCUAUCUGUGAUGCCACUUGUCGUGUUUUUAAAUAUGACAAGAAGGCAGUACAAAUAUGUGUUGGUGUCAUAAUGAGCCAACUCAGUAAAACUAACAGAACUUUUUUUUAUAUAAUUUAAGAGACGGGGAAAAUCUUUUUGUUUUCUUUAGCUGUGACUGUGUCGUAUUCUGCCUGCAUUAAGAGCUUACAAUUUUUCUACUGGUUUUUUUUUUCUUUUUCUUCUUCUUCUUCUUCUUCUCAAAAUAGCCAUUUCUCUUCUGAAAUUUGUAUUUUUAUUUAAACAGAAAAAUGUGUAGCUUGUUUUCUAUCCCUGCGGAAUGAAGAAUAUUGUGCUCCUGUGAAUAAUAGAUGAUGCUCUUUGUUGUUGUUUUUUUUUUUUUUUACCCACUGCCUCAACGACUCUUCCAACCAAAAGCCAUUGUACUUUACAUAUUUUCUUUCCAUCAGUCCUGUUUUAAUACAAAUGUAACAAAACUUCAGGGUGAAAUAGACACUGUAAUAAGCUAUAACAGCAGUAAUGCCUGUAUGUCAUUCCCAAGCUGGUCAUGGUAAAGGUAAAAGGUACACAAGCCUUUUUCCAACAGAAGUAUUAUCUCCCGCCUUGUAAAUAAGCAUUUUGUUUUAAUAAAAUGCUCU